AUGCCGUCGGAGGGACUGCAUCCGACGGCCGCAUUACAAUUAUAUGCUGCCGCCGCUCAAUUGGCGCCCGGCGGUGUUCGCGUACCGCCCUGGGGUCCCUUCCUCCAGUUCGGCGUCCCCGGCGUCUUUGGACCGAAUGGCCCGUUCCUCGGUCGCCCGCGUUUUGAGGGCGCCGGCGGUUCCCAUCCCACCACAGCGGCCGCAGCAGCGGCUGCCACCCAAAUGGCGGCCGUCAACGCGAGCAACGCAUUCGCGAAUCUCACCGGACUGAGCGCUGCCGCAUUGCGUAAUGUGUCGGCGGUGCAGACAACGGCUGCGGUCGCUGUGGCCAGCACGGUAGCAACCAUACAGCAUCGUCUGAUGAUUGGCAAUCGGCAGAGUUUGCCACCGGCAGGACCACCAAGCGAGGGAUCCAACGAGGAUGGUGGCUUUCCUGGCGAUGGCGAUGAUGACAGCAGCGCCGCCAAGCGGCGACGCUCGCGUACUAAUUUCAAUUCCUGGCAACUUGAGGAACUGGAACGCGCCUUCUCGGCCAGUCAUUAUCCCGACAUAUUUAUGCGAGAGGCGCUCGCCAUGCGUCUGGACCUCAAGGAGUCGCGUGUUGCGGUAUGGUUCCAGAAUCGACGUGCCAAGGUGCGGAAGCGCGAGCACACGAAAAAGGGUCCCGGCCGGCCGGCGCAUAAUGCACAGCCCCAGACAUGCAGCGGCGAGCCCAUACCGCCCAACGAACUGAAGGCCAAGGAGCGAGCGCGACGACGCAAGAAGCUGGCCAAAGCCAUCGAUAGGCAGGCACGAAAACUGCAGGCGAAGGGCAUUACGGUCGAUCUGGAGGCGCUCAAGGCCGAAUACAUAUCACAGCACAAGGCGAAUGGCACAUUCUCUGACUCCGAUCUGGAGGAUGAUGGCAUACAGAUUGAUGUGGUGGGCGGUACAGAUAGCGACGAUGAGCUGGACAGCGAUGCGGUAAGUCCCGCCCGUAUGGGAGCCACACACCACGGCCUGUCGCACGGCCUGGACGGCGACGGCGAUAGCUCGCGGGCGGGCAGUUUUAUUGGUGGGGGCGGCAGCUUAGGCAGUCCGACGGCAGCGGCACCAUCGUCGCUUCACACCAAUGGCACUGGUGGCGGCAGUGGCGGCGGUUUUGCUCCCAGCUCCGACCUGGAUGCUGGCGAGCUGGAGGAGCGUGACGCGACACAGCCACCAUCGCCCUUGCCACCCACACACAAAUCGCUGCUCUUUCCCGCCAAAGCUUUUCAUCAACUCAACCUGCAGAACACACAGCACAGCACCGCGGCGGCAGCGGUGGCUGCGGCGGCCAAUCUGGUGCAUCAGACCUCGCCGAUCAGCAUGCGACGCAGCAAUCCCUUCAGCAUCGAAUCGCUGCUCUUCAACAAUACGUGA